AUGUCAGACAACACCGAGCUGUCCCUCCAGGCUGCCAAUAUACCUGAGUGGAUAUUCAAAAUGGCCGAGAAUGAACGCCGAUAUGAAAGUGCAAAACGUAAAGCUGAGAUCGAGCUGGAACGUUGCCGUAAUCACAUCCGCCAGGAGUUUGAGCACCGACGGAAACGAGCAGAAGAGGCACAUAAAGUCGAAAUGGAGUCGAUGCGUCAUAGACUUGAAAGGCGGCUAAAAGAUCUUGAACAAGCACAGACGGAUAUGGCUGUCACGAAAUUUCGUCGUCUUUCCAUGGACCAAUCGAUUCGGACACGAGAAGAACGCGAAAAGAAAAUGCGUGAAGUGAAUGAAACCAGCAAGCAAGUGUUUAACAAUGAGAGAAAGCGUUUCUCUGUCGGAAUUGAACAAUUGAUCGAACAGAAACAGAAUGAGCAUCGAGAGUUUAUGCGAAAAUUGAUUAUACAAGAAGAAAAAGCCCUAGAACGACUCGAAGAUAUUGUGGCCACGAUUCAUAGCGAUAGCCAACCAGUCAGAUCAACAUCAAGAUAG